GGUAGUGAAUCGAGGCGAGACACUGAGCUACUUCACCACUUUUGAAAAAUCCAAACCGAACCGAGACCACCGCCCGGUAAGACGAGCACAGUUUCUUGAGAAACUCUCCCUCUUAGGCAAAAUGGCAUAGACAAGAGUGGGGACGUCCCCCCGUCUGCUCCAUGAAGGAGAAAACCUACCGAGUCAGAGAUCAGCUGUAGCUUCACGGUGAGGGAGAAGUUUGCCAACUUUCCAGAGAUGGCAGAGGAAAUAGAUUGGAGACGACUGGUAGAGACUUCUGAGAGUGAGAGAGAAGGCAUCGGGGAGAUGCGGGAUUCCCCAAACCAGAUCCAGCCGGAGGCCUUUCAACGGGAGAAUUCACUUCACCAGGAACUGUGGAAACUGCAAAGAAAGUUCAACAAUGCCAUUUCAGAUUAUGGACUGAAGAUCUCAGAAAGUGGUCUCAGACAGAAGAUCUCACGAUGGAAUGAUCUGAAAAAGGAACUCGAACGGCUUGAACUCCCGUUUCACACUGACAACCAUCCGCCUGCCGCGGGCCACGCCGCCGGCCUCAGCCCGGAUGGGGACCAGGACGUCACAGCCCUGGAGAGGGAGAGGGAGAACUUGACCACUGCACCAGAACAACUCGGAGGGGAGAGCUUGACCUUCAGAGAUUUGUCUGAAAGGGACUCGGUCAAGAGCACAGAGAAAGUUACCGUCAGGGGUCAAGAGGGCGACACUCCGAUGCCCCAGACAUCGGCACAGCCGGUUGGACUUGAUUGUGCGCGCCAGGUCCUGCGCGCUGUCUUCAAGCAGCUUAGUGUGUGCUUUGAAGAGUUAAAGGAAGAAAUCGCUCAAAAGGGCGCCAUCGAGCUCAAAACGAUCCAGUGCGUCAACACUGAGGUCAGAGAGACACACGAUCGCAGGACCCAACAAAUGCCGGAGGCCUCCGAAGGGCAGAGUGUCAUGCUGCCGAAACAGGUGGAGGAUGUGCUACGGUCCAAUGAGACUACGUCAAGCAGUGAACAAAAAAUCCCCCAGAAUGGACAAAAGAUCUCGGAGUGCGAACAAACGACCCAACGGAAGGACCGAACGAUGUCACAGCGUGAGGUACAGAUGUUGGAGUGUGUGCAAGUGAUCUCACAGAGUGGACACACGAUCGCAAAGUGUAAACAACGCAUCGCCGAGUGUGAGACAAUAAUCUCACGGAAGGACCGAAUGAUCUCACAGCAAGAAUGGAUUAUCUCAGAGUUUGAAGAGAGGAUGUCAGAGUGUGAACAGGCGAUCUCACGGAAUGAGCGAAUCAUUUCCCAGUAUGAAGGAAAGUUCUCACAGAUGGAACAAAAAAUCUCGGAGUAUGAGCAAAGUAUCUCGGAGUAUGAGCAAAUAAUCUCACGGAAGGACCAGACGAUUCCACGGCAUGGACGGACUAUCUCAGAGCCCGAGUGGGAGUUCUUACAGCCUGAAGGAGACAACUCGGAGCACCAACAAAUCUUCCCGCAGAAGGAGCGAACGAUGUCACAGCGUGAGGGAAAGAUCAAAUCUCACAGAAUGAUGAUGAUGAUGAUGAUGAUGAUGGACGACCUCAGAUCACAAGGUUCUCAGAUCACGAGCCAUCACGGGUCUUGGUGGUCGUUCCUCAGAUGAUGAGCCACAGUUUGGGGACAAGAGUCAUUGUGCUUGUUUGUGUUUCAAUAAAA